GUCAUAUGAGAAAUGUCAGUGAUGUCUCAUGUCAAAUAAUUCUUUGCUAUCGCUUGCUGCUUUGCCCUCUAGUUUGUUUGAUGCGAAAUGUUAGUCUAAUAAUAGUGCGUCUUUUUGUUUAUUUUUCGUUUUGAUAUUUCUCACGCCUGCUGCGGUCGCGUCUUUACUAAAAAUAAUGUAACCGAUAUUGCGAUGUUAAUUUUGGAACGGCAGGUGGCAAAGUCAAAUAACAUUUCGACAUUUUAACCUAGGUAGUGUAGACUAACAUUCCUUAUUAGUAACUUAAAAAACUACAUUUUAAUCUUUUCGCUUAAAAAAAUGAAGAACAGAGUUAGGAAUACUAAUUCUUCAAUAAAAUCCGGUGCUUUGUUACUGUCGGAACAGCCCUUCGCGUUCGUUCUGUCUUCGAAGGAACAAGGAAACCGGUGCGACAAUUGUUUACAAAAGGUCAAAGUACUGAAAUGCUCUGGAUGCCAGUUUGUUCACUAUUGUGGAAGAUCAUGCCAAAAAGAUGCCUGGGGUGACCAUAAGUGGGAAUGUGCGAACUUGAAAAGGGUGGCGCCGAAAGUUAUACCGGACGGGGCGCGCAUGCUGGCCAAAGUGAUAAACCGGCUGAAUCGAGGCGACGGACACUCUUAUAGGGCUUUCUACUCGGCCACCUCCUUCAGGAUGUGGAAGGAUUUGAUGUCGCAUUACUCAGAUUUAAAAGCGGACGUGAAGCGAAUGGAUCACUUCACGUCACUGUGCGGCGUGCUCUAUGAGUUCCUGAGGGACAUAUCGCUGCCGAACACUGUGGAACUCAUGGGCAUGUACGGGCGGAUGGUAAUCAACAGCUUCAUGAUCUUGGACACAGAUAUGAACUCUGUGGGCACGGGUAUUUAUUUAGGGUCCUCAAUUAUCGACCAUAGCUGUGAUCCCAACGCCGUGGUGGCGUUCGACGGGAAGACGAUCAACAUCAGAGCUAUACAAGAUAUGCCGACCCUGGAUUGGAAGCAGAUUCGAAUCUCGUACAUCGACCUGAUGAAGACACCCUACGACCGGCAGACGGAGCUGCUGAAGAACUACUAUUUCCUUUGCCAGUGUCACAGGUGCAUGGACGAAACCCAAAUAAAAUACGUGCACGCGGCUAAAUGUUUGAACAGUGAGUGUGUUAAUCCGGUCAACAUUCCAUGGAAGGAUAACUUGUUGUUGGUCAGAAAGGCUGAAAACGAGAAUGGUAAAGAAAAUGGCAAAGAAUACAGUGAAGAUAUAGUACCUGUGAGUAAGAACGGAGUUAUUGGCCAAGAUUCGUUAUGUUGCGAAGAAUGUGGGACGAAGUAUACGGAAAGUCAUGUACAGACGUUUAUAAAAACAAUGGAGUUUACACACGAACAUUUGAAGAGUAUGGAAGGUGCGUCUGUAUCUUAUGUAGAUGUGUGCAAGUACUGUCUAGACCGGCAGGAGGGGUUGGUGCACCCACUGAACGUGAUGCACGCGCAGACGCUCGACCACGCGUUCGACGCGCUCAUACAAAUGCAGCUGUGGGAGAGAGCGUGCGUGUACGCAGAGAAGUUGAUUCCGUGUUUUAGAUUUUAUUAUGGCCAAAAAAAUCCUUUAUUGGGACUCUUGCAUUUGAAAUAUGGUAAGAUAUUACUAUACAAAAUGGACUUGAAUAAAGCGCUCCACCAACUGAAAUGUGCUGAGAAAAUCUUGAAGAUUACGCAUGGAGACAUGCAUCCAUUGUACAGGGAGCAAUUGUUGCCUUUACUGCAUCAAGCAAUGGUUGAAUCGUAAAUUUCAUUUGUGCCUCUUUUGAUGUCAAUUAAUUUUUAAGUCACAAGGCUGUGUGUGCAAUAAAUUGGAUUAAGUUUAUGUGUAGAUGUAAGGUUUCAGAAUAAAUCAAAAUAAUUUCUUA